UAAAUAGACUUUUAUCAAAUAGGAACAUAACAAAAGCGGCACUUAAAAGAGCGCCAAAAUUAAUUUCGAAAAUUCUGCAACAGUUUUUAUACUUUAUCUUCUUGAUACAGCUAAUAACAAUAAUAAUUAGAAAAGUUGUCAAAGUUUUUGUGAAACAUUGGAAAAAAAAUUAACACGAACUGAAAAUUCAUGGAUCCCACUAUUUCUAUAUCAAAAGGUUGUUUUGUGUUUAAAAAUGGUGCCACCAAAGCUGACGCGAAACACAGGUCCAGAAACCAUAAAACGUCUGGCAAAAGUUCCAAUUUUUACAGUAAAGAAUUAGCCAAACAACCGUUUUAUAGAGUUUAUUCAGACACUUGGCAAAAAUUACAGUCAAAUAUACUACAAAUGCAAGCGACGAGUAAUGUGCGCAUUUUAGAAGAUUUACUUAAUUAUGUGAUUAAGGAAACUCAAGGAAAGAGGAGAAAGUAUACUAACGAGAUCUUGCCUACGGCAGCCUUGUUAACGGGCAUUAAUCAAUCGGACCAUUUGCAACAAUUUAAUACUUUGUCUAAACGUUUAAAAAAAAAAAUUUCUGUUGAUGUUUGUGUUCUGCAAUCGCGUGACUGCUCGUCCAUUAAAACGGCCAUAGAGUCUAUGGUUUACAAUUUUCUGGAAUCUGAACACAAUAAACAGGAAAAUUCAAAUGGCAAACGCUUAAGACGAUCUCAGUGCACUAUCCGACAGUUGAAGAAGUGGUAUCAUGCUAAUUGGUCAAGCUCUAAUGACACUAAUGAUUUGGAAGAGUCGAACGUAGAUGAAGUCAAGAAAAACCACAUAAAGGCAUUUGAAAAUCAUACGCUUCUAGUUAUACUGCCUGAUUUCGAAUGUUUUCCCCCAGCCGUCUUACAAGAUUUAAUUUUAAUAUUAAGCUCUCAUUGCGUUGAGUUAUCCAUAUUCUUGGUAUUGGGCAUAGCAACUUCAAUUAAUGCUAUACACGGUACCCUUCCCUAUCAUGUGACAAGCAAGAUGAAAUUGCGAGUCUUUGAAACGCAAACAGCACCCGUUAUUCUGAACGAAAUUUUAGAGAAAGUUAUACUUUCAACAGAGUACGGGUUUCAUUUGUCCGGUAAAGUCUUCAAAUUUCUUACUAAUAUUUUUCUGUACUAUGAUUUCUCUAUCAAUGGCUUCAUACAGGCUUUUAAGUAUUGCCUAUUAGAACAUUACUUUCAGGGCAAUGCGUAUUCUCUGUGCACUAACUAUUCUGCAUCUUUGAGUCAUGUAAAGCAACUGAACCAUGAGGACUUGGAAUGCGUACGUAAGCAGUUGUCGUUUCGUGCUUAUGUGGAAGGCCUGCCUCCUGAGAGUAUCAUAGCGGUACUAACUGAUGAUGAGCAUUUGAGGAAACAAUUACCUGCUCUUCUAAAGGACUGUCACCUUUAUUUCAUAAUUAGGCGGGUCUUUCUGGAAUUUCUCACCGUUUUAGUGGAAGACUUACCUAACUGCCCUUUAGGUAAAUAUCGUCGCGAACUAUACGCCUUUUCCUUGAGUAGGAACCUAUCCUCUCAAAGCGAAUUCAAGGAAUCGUGGCAACUUUUGCAAUUUUUAUCUAGAGAAGAACUAAUUAGUAAAAUAACUAAGGCACUAUCAAUAACUCGGAAUUUUUUGGAAAAUUCGGCACAAAUUCAUAUGAAAUUAUUUCAAUAUUACGCUGCUGUCAUUCAAGAGAAACUAGACGGAGUUCAACGAUUACUUAAUAGCAUAAGCGAGGCCAAGAUGUUCGCAUGCAAUAUUGUUCCUGAACAAAAAUCUCCAAAAAAUUUAAAACAAUUUACUUCCCGAGAAGAACUCAAAACGGAAUUAUUAAAAAUGUCGAAGGAAGAAAAGCCUGUUUCAGAAUACACCAAACUAGUUCAAGAACUCUUGUCUUACAUUGAGGAACAGAUAAUUGACGAGCAUUUAGGUCUAUUAGAGCGUGCUCCAGCUUUGCAUGAACUCUUUAUUUUCUCGGAUAUUAACUCUGUAAGACGUAAUAUUAUUGGUGCUCCUCGGGCGUCUCUACAUAUGGCGCUAAAUAAUCCACACAUUUAUUUACAAUGCAGUUGCUGUAGUUUACAAGAAAAUGCACAAUUAUUGCCUACAUUACCUGAUAUAUCCAUUGCUUAUAAGUUACACUUGGAAUGUGGUCAUUUGAUUAAUUUAUAUGACUGGUUGCAAGCGUUCCGUUCGGUUGUCGACUUUAAUGAAGAUGAUCAAGAGGAAAUAGACACGCAAAUACAAGCCCGCUUUACUCGAUCUGUAGCGGAAUUACAGUAUUUGGGGUACAUUAAAAUGUCAAAACGGAAGACUGAUCAUGCUACACGUUUGACUUGGUAGUUCUUCAGAGGUCAGCAUUUUCGUUGUCCAGCGUAAAUUUAUUUACUAAAAAAAUAAAAAAGUUUUGCUCAAUGUUACUCCAUCAACAAAAUUUCAUGCUCCUCCUGCACAGCCACUUCAUUUAGUUCGUUGUGUUCAUUAGUGACAGCGUAGGCCUCGAUGCACUUAGGAGUAAUAUGACGAUUUAUGUAAUUUAGACACGAAUACUAAAGUAAAGCUUGUGGCUGCAGAACAUCUGAAGAUAAAGUACUUUGAUAUCCCAAAAUUAGUUGCUUUAACACGUUAAGGACGCCGUGUACCACCGGUGAAUUAUGAUCAAAAUACCUUCCACUGUAAUACUGUAAUAAUCAAAAAUUAGUCAACUGCUACUCAAGUGCUAGAAGUGCAGGCACUAAAUUAAGGCUUCUGCUUGCCGAGAAAUGUAAAUCGCGUGGUUCUUGCAUGGUUCUUGUAAGUGAUGAAAACCAAACUGAUUCGCGUAACCGGGUUGACCUGAAAGUAGUUUUCCAGAGAGAGUCAAAUCUGAUUUCCAGGCUGUCUAGUGAUACAUCGCUAGAGGACCUUAUUUCUGUAAACCCUCCUGAUAUCUCCGAUUGCGAUUAAAUCCUCAUGCUACAUUAGUCAUCUUUACCAAAUCUGUUAAUGCGGAAUUCAUCUGUCAUCAGUCGUCAUCAUAAAUGAUAUAAAGAUAAAGUGUCAUGAAAUACAAAGUGUGCCAUGAUGUAAAGAAAGUAACUUAAAAAACGGAAUUACCUCCGUUUCCUACCUAACUCUCCCAGCAACUGUCCAGAUUUUAAGUCGAAAUUUCUAAAAUAGUUUGCAACACUAAUGUAAUAGACAAACUCUUAACAGAUAACGUGGUGGUGGAAGACAAGUAACAAUGGAAAAAUAUUAGUUCAAAGCACGAGCCUUUAUUUGAAAUUAUCUUCCAACUUUGCUUUACUGGCUCUGACUGGAACGACAGCAAUUGAAUUUUUUUAAUUAUCAUCUCAGUCUUUAGCAGAACCAUAGAUUGCGAGAAUUUCUCAGGCAACCAUACGUACGUAUUAAGAGCUUCGUUCGUGCGAAUCUUAUAUUUUUGGUUCAUUCGAAAUAUUUACCUGAUGAGUACAAAUAAAUAAAUUAUACACAACGAAUCUUCACCUAUAUGUAUCAGAGAUAAGUUUCAAAUGGCGUUUAUUAGGAAAGAUGCAUCUUCAUUUUUGAUAAUUCCCGUUUAUUUUUUGACGGUAUUAGAAUGGCUAAUUAUCCAGCUGUUUCGAAUAUUGUUUAUUAUCAAGUGUGAAAAGUUGUUUGGCGACCUAAUUACCGAUUCGUAUCAUUACUUGCCGGUGUCGCUCGAUUUACUUUAGAUCGUGAGCGCUUCAAGCGUAAUCUACAUUUUGACCUAAAAGACCCAGGGUGUUUUGUAUCUCUUUAGGUGCUAUGGAAUUUUGAAUUAUGUGAGAGUAUGGAAUUUGGAAGUCACGUUAUCCGAUUCUGUUUUUCUGAUGUUUAUGUUUGCACAUGUACUUGGUGUAUAAAAAUUUUGUUGUCAAUAAUUAUACCUAUGUACGCAAUAGCGAUUACUAAAGCUCAAGUUCUUGAAAAGAAGAAUAAAAAUAUUUUUAUUUUAUCUUUGUUUUACAGAAAGUAAUAACAAAUCAAUAAUAACUUAUUAUAAAUUUUUUGUAACGGGAAUUUAAUUUUAUUAUAAACCAGUUAACGACCGGUACAGUUUUAUUGACAUUUCAAAAUAACUUUAUUAAGUGUUUGCAAUACAUACAAAAUUUUCCUGGGGGAUCUGACUAUAUAUCUAAACACGCAAGAUCAGUGUAAAGGCAAGUUCAACUUAGAUGCCAUCGGAUUUACACCGUAUCUCUUUUACUUUUAUAAGCUCAGAAAUUUCCCUCGAAGAAUUUUUAGUGAGGUUAAGCUCCAAAGUCAGCCCGUCAACACAUUCACCCAUUGGCCCAUACGAUGCCACACGAAACUGACGAUUUCCCUUUUACAAUUCUUGAAGGGCCAUUUUUUUUAUGACCAGCCACUCAAGAGAUUUCUCCGACGGUGGGGAUCUACAACCACUAUAGAUAAGCGUAAAGUAAAGAGGCGAGUAAUAUCUGCAUAUAUUCAAGUUGAAAGUCAAAACGUCAGAAACGAUUGAAAAGACUACUUCUGCUUAGUUGUCACUUCAAAUAUGGUCAGUGCGGCUGAAGAACGAUGAAUGGCGAUAGUGUAUCAUGCGAUAUAUGGGCAUCUGCAAGGGCAUCUGCGUGACGGAAGGCUCAGAUCAAAAUAGUUCUAAAUAUGGUGUCUUGUUUGCCUUACGAUAAAUAAACAUAAAACCCCAAAAAAGUGCAAAAAAUAAAAUUUAAUCAUUUGUAACUUUGUGAGGGUAUGGCAGAUUGGUUCCAUUUACUAUUACGAUUAAGCGCGCGUAAGUGUACGUAUACUACUGGCGAAGAGUACAAUAUACAAAGUAUGUUGUAAAAAAAUUAACGCCUUUCGCGGUGAGAAAAAAAGGGAUUUAAUUAUGAAAUUAGGUUUUUUUAAUGGGCUUCGGCAGCUUUUAAAACAUAUCUAAUCAGUAUCCUUGAAUAUUGUUUUAACUCGAUUUGAGCGUUGAAUACUUUCAGUGUUUGUACUGUAACUUUGCAUUAGAGUUUGUAGCAAUAACUUAGUUCAUUUCCUUUCGCGAUUCAUUAAGAAGUACAAAUGCUGUCCAUGAAGCGCUUGGUAGGUUCCUCCGCGGGUACCCAAUACGGUGGCGUCCUUUGACGGCGCCGACUUACGAACAAUGGAAGUAGGCUUAGCUCGGAAUUAAACCGUGCAGUGACUGAGUAACACAUCUUUUCGGUCCGUCAGGAAUGGUCUGAAAAGACUUGAAGGGGGGUCGGUCCGUACGUCUUAUACAGCAUACCUAUGGUAUGCGGAAGAGCUGGGUUAUAAGCGGACAGUUGAGACCAUUGAGAAACAAACUAAACGUGAACACAGAAUAGAGGACAGUAUCUGUUUACAGAUCGUAUCUGAGGAAAGUAUCUGUGUUGGGUUUGAGGAGAGCAUGUUAGAUAAAGCUAUACCCAUCAUAAAUGAUAUAUGGGUUGCGACGCUGAAACUAGAACGAACGAGACUAGUGAGCCGAGGAGCUACCCCGAUAGAGGUGACAUCUAUCCCGUUGCGGAGGACUUGUACCCCGACAGAGAUGACAUCUACCCCGUUGCGGAGGACGGCUACCCCGAUAGAGAUGACAGCUGCCCCGUUGCACAGGACGCCUAUCGCGAUAUAUAGGACUUAAAGCAAUGUUCAAUAUUAACCGUCGGAAGCUGCGAUUUUACUACUAGGUACGAAGUUCUCCAAAUAAAAUUAUGAAGGAAGCAGUCAAUUUGACCUAUUUAGUAAUUUAUGGUUUAGCAACUGCGUAAGCAGUGAAAGGGUUUACUUUACGAUGUAAACUUCAUUGGAAGUAAAACAACACAUAGAGGGGAUCUUUCUACGCACUACACCACUUGGUUGUAUGUGCAAUGGUAUAUUAAGUAUGUAAGGAUGUAUCCAACAUCCAGAAGGACCCACAUUAUAUUAUGAUGACCAAUUUAGAGUCACUUUCCAAAUCAGUCUAAUCUUGUCCGUCCGUCUAGUUUCUUAUGUUCAGCUUAUAAGUCAAAAUUUUGAAGAUGUUUUGAUGAAAUUGGUAAUGCUCUUUUGGAACUACUCUACGUUGCAGAUAGGAUUUGUGUCGAUCUUAUGUUUAUAGCAUGACAGCCGCAGUUUAUCCAUAUUCUCCUAAGUAGUAAAGUAAACUUUUCAUAACUAAUGGCAAGGCAAGGACAGCUCUUGAAUUUCUUACUUCCUGCUACUGUUGUAUUUCUUCGAAAAAUAUCGAAACGGGAGAUGAUGCUAUUAUUUGUCAAUUACAUAUAAUUUCAACUAAUAAAUAUUUUUAUUUUUGCUGAUUUUUAGUUUCUUUUUACAUAAUUUAAAAAAAUUUAAUAACAUAUGAAUUCAGUUCAUAGAUGAUUGCUUUCGCGUUUCUUCUUAUUGU